CCGGGCCUGGUGUUCAGGUUAUUACCAUAAAAGUAAGUUUGUAUUUGAUUACCUUUCCUAAUGAUGAAAACCAACUUAAAGGCGACUACAAAAAAAUGGACAUUAUUUAACAAUGUUCUUAUUAUUGACAUACCAGAACUAAGAACGUAUUACUCAUUCCCAGCACACAAAACAGGAAAGUACUUAUUUUCACAGAUGGUCACUUGUUGCUUUAAAAGAUAUUCAGUACAAUCAUCUGUUCUUUUUUUCAGAAUGUGUUAAGUGUAUUGGUUGAAGAAAUGACAACUAAAUCAAUAAAUUGUCCAAAAAGUUGUUAGAGAAAUAGUCAACCUCUCUCAGUUAGUCAAUAGGUCUAGCACAUAGCUAAACGUUUUGUUAAAUAUUAUAGCAAAAUGUACUUAGACACAUUCAUUGCAAGCCUGCACCAUCUCCACAGACGGUGCAACUUUGAGUUUGUUCUAUACCAAAGAUGCUUUUUGCUUCAAAUUCUUUCAAUGGUGCGUUAAUAGCCUAUUAACCAUGUGAAAGAAUUGUAUCUGUAGUAAUGUAGUCCUCAAUAGCCCUCAAUGUUCUCACAAUUAUCUGUGAAAGAUAAAUAGGAACAUUUACCCCAAAAAAGCUGCCAGAUAUGUUAAGUAUUUCUUCAUUAUUAAUUUUAAUGUCAUGGUUUCGUCUUUUGCCGUCAUGAUAAAUAUGACUUUGUAUCCCCAAAUUUGUUACCAUGAUUUAGCAUUUCUUUGUAUUGACUUUUUAUCUCAAAAUAAUAACUUUAUAUCUUAUAAUUUCGACUUUUCUAUCUCAUAGUCAUGACCUUUCCAUGGGUAUUACUUCCCAUACUAACGAAACGGAAGCAAAUAGCCUACACCCUCGUCUUUAUCACGUUCUGUUUCUCCAACUGAAGUGCGUAGUUAUUUGUAUAUCUCCGUGGUGGCUGUCUUCGACAAAAUGUACCAAUUUGCUAUAGUUUUCACGUUGUUCUGUGUCGGGAAAACAUUAGGGAAGCCGGAUGAGCCUGCUCCCAAAAUGUCCCAACUUAUCCUCAUCAAGUGCCUCCAUAGAAACAUUUCCUGUAACUCAACAACGGCUGAGGGAUACACUUUCCCAUUCUCGUGUCCUGCGGAAGGAGAUGUUAACGUAUAUCAAAAUAAGUCUAAAAUUGCUGUUUAUGUUGAUGGGACUCGACCUUAUGAUUAUUCGGAUGAAGUGAAGAGCAUGACGUCUGAUUCAGUCACUACAAGACACUGCAGAGACCUGCACAUACAAUGCUUUUUGACCGGAGAGAAGUACCUUACCGAAAUCUGUGUGGAUUAUAAAGUUACCGGUAAAUCAAUAAAGUGUUUGAUUUAUAAACAAACACACACACACAUAUAUAUAUAUAUAUAUAUAUAUAUAUAUAUCACAUAUACAUUGCAAAAAUGUGUACCUUUUUACCUUCAAACAGAGAAGCCAGAGGAGCCAGAGAAGCAGGAUGAGCCUGAUCCUACAUUUCCCCCAAAGAACCUUAUUGUUGUUGUUGUGGGGCUCAUUGUGGUCAUUGUGGCGCUGCUCUGUUGGAAAAAGAAGCAGUACUGUGCAUGUAAAGUGUCGCAGUUUUCAACGUACCUACGCUCUUGUCUCAGAAUAACAAAGAGGGAAGGGGCACAGGUAACUAGACACCCUGCAGGAAGUGGGUUCCAGGAGAGCAUAGCUGGUGAUUUGGAAGGACAACAACUCAACGGUGAUAUAAGUAUUGAUCGUGAAGCUGAUGGCAGGUCUGCUCCAGUCUCUAGUCUGGACCACAAUUUGAGCUGUGAGGGUAUCCAGCCCACUAAAAAUGGGAACAUACAUGCACCUGUCGUAAUUAAAGACCCCAAUCAUCGAGCCAUGAACGGAAGUGAGAGGGAUGAUCCAGGAGGAAUUAAUGACAACAAUGGAGAACACUUCGUGAGGAUCGAGGAAACGCACAAUGGAUGUGCUCCUGGUUGUGGGGGUCCUGAAGCUUGUGAGAAUGAAGGACACCGCCUGCUGCCUCCUGAGAGCGCUGACAGGCAAGCCCUCCAACCUCCUGACAUGACGGAUGAAGCCAGAGCUUUGGUGAACAAGGCCGGCUUUGAGUCAAACCAGCCCAGAAUGUGCUCCACUGCACCGGAAAAUGGCGUGAAGUCAACCACCAACAUGGGGAACUAUCAAUACUGAUAACUAUUAUUAUAGAUAAAAUAAUAACCUAUAUAUAUAUACACACUAUAACUAUAUGUCUCACAAGGUAUGUGGUACAUUUACUGGCAGCUUCUUUGUAAUCAAGCCCAGCACUUUCAUUUAAAUCAUAACUUUCAUCAUCAUCGUUGCUCUCUUUUCGAGCAGGCUGUCCUUUUUCACGAUGUUCGAAUAUACGUUUUCUCUAAAAGCCAUCUCUACCAAAUUGUAUACAAUUGUAUCCUAUUCAAAUCAUUCUGUUGACAUAUGUGAUCAGUCAUAGAUGGAUACAUCUUAAUUUGGCUUAUUACAUUUAAACUAAUAUUAGUUAUUACAACAACUAAGACACAUGUGUGAUUUGUUAUUGAGAUACAUAGAUAGUGCAUGGCUUGACCAAAGUAUGGGUGAACCAAAUAUCAGAAAAUGUACCACAUUCUCAGCUACGAGACUAAAAAAUAUAAUAAUACUUAUACUAUGUUUAUAAUCUAUGGAUGAAAUACAUUUGUAUAAGCUAUAGAUAUAUCAUAUUAUACAAUGACUUGUUAAAAUAUUUCAUUUUAAUGAGACAUGAAUGGAAAACAUUAUAAAGAAUGUUUCUUCUUUUUGAUUGGAGUUGUAAUAUCUUAUGUAUCCAUUCUGUUAUAAGUAAGUCUGCUAUUAAUUCUUGUUUAUCAUAUAACAUGUAUUCAAGUGCCUUCACUAUUUUGUAAUUAUAAAGCAUUUUACUCCGCAUUUGCAAAUUCAGAUUCACAUUAUAUUGAGAUUGUUCUUUUCUUGCUUACGUGCUUUUAUUAUUAAUCAAUUUAUAUAUAAAUGAGAAAGAAUACAAUUGUAAGUGCAUUACAAAUUAUGAAUUUUUGUCUUUUAAAUAAAAUGCUAUAUCCACCCUGGAUUUCA